GCUCGCACGCUCUCUCUCUCUCUCUUUAUCCCUCUCUCUUCUGCAGUGAUGAGGAGACUCCGAGCAUUCCCUGGACUGAUCAGCUGCAACAGGUCUGACAGAAUGAAGCACAAAUGAAGGCAUCCGUCUGUCCCUGCUGAUCCCUGACCCGUCAACGCGUCCAGGAUGCGGGGGCUCGUUCGGGAACAUGUGUAGCGUUCACUACAACCACAGCCUGGCGGCCAUGAGUGGCGAUGACAUCAUGGCCUAUUCUCUGAGCCUAGAGCAGAAGACGGCGUUUGCUUUCGUCGGUAUGCUGCUGGUGUUUCUCGGGCUCUUGAUCAUCAGGUGUUUCCGAAUCCUGUUGGAUCCCUACAGUAGCAUGCCAUCUUCCAGCUGGGGCGAUGGACUGGAGGGCCUCGAGAAAGGGACUUUUGAAUACGCCCUCACCUGAGACCACACCCUGUAAAGAGGCCACGCCCCAAAGUGACCACACCCCAAAUACCACUCGCACCAUAACAGUGCACAAUCUUGCUUUUAAGAACAGCUGUCAGGUGGACAGGUCAGCCCAAAAAAUAUUAAAAAGGGUCCAGGUAAAAAGCAAGAACGGGUCACACGUGAACGCCAUCGAAAGGUGUAAGGAUUCAUCACAACAUAACACUGUGAAUACAGACGCACACCUGGAGUCAUGCGUGAACAUGCGUGUUUGAUUCAUGAGUGCCUGGUUUGGAGUAUGAUGUCACACCAUUUUGCCAAUGAGCAUCUCUCAGGGACGAGCAAAUGAAAACAAGAUGGCCGCCACGAACAGGGUCAUUUAACCCUUUCAGUCUGAAUACGAUGAGCUUUAAUGGUUGAAAGCAGCUUACAGCCAGAGACGUACUCUACACACAUACAUAGACAAUCAGUCAAAUGAAACUUUAUUCUCCAAUUGGCGGUCAUUUUUUGUCCAAACUGGUUUUCCUUCUUGUGCAUUAGCAUUUUGAAGAUUUAAAAGGAAAAUGUGUCAUUAGUUGCAGAAAUAAUUCACUUUACCAUCUUCCUUUGGUCAGAUAGUCCUGCCGCAAGCUUGCACCAUUGGCUGAGACAGUAGCUGCAUUUCCAUUGCCCUUCAAUUUAGCAAAUUGUAAAUACAGCCAAUGGAAACACGUAAAUUUAGGUUUUCUUUGCCAGUAAUGUUUGGAUAACACUCCUAUAUCCCUUUUGAUUUAAAAGAAUCUACUAUUACCCUCAAGAAUCACCCAUACAUUGCCGCUCCUAAUAUAAGGGGCGUUAAUGUAUAGCAAGUAUAGCAUCUUUCAGGAUUCCUUGGCAUUAAUGUUUGGAUAAUACUCUUACGUCUCCUUUUGUUCAAAAUAAUGCCUAGUGCACUGGAUGUGAUAUUAGUAAACAUACCAACAUCAGUCGACAGGGACUCAUCACAAGAGGCGUUUCAAAUGCAUAUCAUCGAUUAAAGGAAAUGCCGUCACUUCGCAAUAGUCUUUUGUUGCCCUUUUUAAAAAAUAAAGCUAAAGUUUUGUGCAAAUCUGCAAUGGAAACGCAGCUAAUGUUGUGUCUGGGCUGUCGGGAGUCUUAACAAACACACCAAGCUCAUAUUAAAAACUCUUCUGCAGUCGAGGAAACUGUAACGUCCCUCUGUCUGCUGCAGUUUCACCGGACAUACAUUGAGUUUAUUUCACACAUUCAGAUCUGUGUGGAGUAUGUUUCUGGCCCAACUCUUCUGUUUACUGUCAUCUGUGUCUCCGCUGGGACUCAAAUAUCGUGCUUGUUGCUGGAAAUACAAUAACGUCUUGAUGCAGACAUCUCUCUCUGUGUGUGUGUGUGUGUGUGUGUGUGUGUGUGUAUGUGUGUGAUUGUGUUUCCAAUGCAAUCCAUUUGACUUCACUUACUGCCUCUUAAAACUAUCUGCACACAGACAGAAGAAGAUUGAAACGUUGUGUCAUCCUCCUGUUUGUUGGUUUGAGUGACGGAGGAAAGAUGUGUUGCCAUGACAACAGCAGCAAGCUGGAUACAAACACUACACCAAUAAAAGCGUAGUUCAUCUGCAGUGUGUUCUAGUGCUGUGAAUCUGCCUUACUGUUAUUCAGACUGGAUUCUGUGCCUUCAUUUAGCAGCGAUAGAUGAUCUCUUAUCCAACAAUCUGUGUGUGUGUGUGUGCGCGCGUGUGUGUUGGGUUUAUGUGAGGAUAAUGAUGAUGAAGAUCACUUUUCUCUGUGUUUGUCUGAUGAACGUGGAUCUCUGUGAUGGUUCUGUGUUCAUCUGCCCAAAUAAUAUCAAAUAAAAGUCUCUAAUAUGAAGAUUCAUUUAUGUCAUUCCAAAA